ACCCAGCCUACAAACCCCCGUGAUAUAUACACAAUUGUAAAAACCCCAUGACAUAUACACACAAGCAUAUAUACACACACCCAAAAUAUACUAUCCCUCGGCUCUCGUGAUCUGGGCAUGUCUAAUUGGCAGCAUAAUCAAUUUUAAUCUCAGGAGUUUGGCCAUGAACGAUUUCCAUAGCUUUCAAUCUGCUGCGUUAAAGAAGGCAGUAUAUAUUAUUGCAGGGGAUUUUAUCUCAAGCGGCGUGGAUGGCCACGAUCACUUCUCUGGAGAUGAACUACCUGGUCUUCCGAUAUUUGCACGAGUCAGGUUUUAUUCAUGCCGCUUUUACGCUAGGGUAUGAAGCAGGCAUUCACAAAAAUCCUAUAGAUGGCAACCUUGUCCCUCCUGGUGCGCUUGUGUCCUUCGUUCAAAAAGGGUUACAAUAUUUAGAAUUGGAGGCAAACCUGACCAAUACUGGUACAGAUGUGGAUGGUGAUUUCUCUCUGUUGCAACCAUUGGAUUUGAUCACAAAAGAUGUUUACGAGUUGCGACAAAUGAUAAAAGAGAAAAGAGAAAAACUUGAGAAGGAGAAAGAGAAAGAGAAAGAGAAGGAAAAGGAAAAAGAACGAGAACGUGAACGUGAACGGGAACAUGAGCGUGAGCGUGAAAGGGAAAAAGAAAAAGAGAGAGAAAGACAAGAAAGGGAGAAAGAAAGAGAUCGAGAAAGGGAACGACUAGAAAAAGAGAGGGACCGAGAAAGAGAGAAAAAUAAGGAAAAAGAAAAGGAAAAGGAGAAGGAGAAGGAGAAGGAGAAGGAAAAGGAACAUGAGGAUUAUGCUGAGAAAGAGAAAGACCGUGAACGAGAAGAAAAAGUCAAGGUUAAAGUUGAGGAGCCUAGGGUGUUGGCAGGCCCAGAACCAAUGGAAAUUACAACUGCUACAUCUUCAUGCCCAUUUAAUGAGAUUUUAAGUUCAGAUGUUACUAUUCUGGAAGGACAUACCUCUGAGGUUUUCAUCUGUGCAUGGAGUCCAACUGGUUCGCUGCUUGCUUCAGGAUCUGGAGAUUCAACAGCUCGAAUUUGGACAAUUGCAGAUGGCCCAUGCGGAUCUUCGUUGCAGAAUACACCUCCCAAAGCUCUUGUUUUGAAACAUUUUAAGGGUAGAACAAAUGAGAAGAGUAAAGAUGUUACGACCCUCGAUUGGAAUGGAGAAGGAACAUUACUUGCAACUGGGUCUUAUGAUGGACAAGCAAGGAUUUGGAGUAAAGAUGGUGAAUUGAAGAAUACAUUUAACAAACACAGAGGGCCUAUUUUCUCUCUUAAAUGGAACAAAAAAGGAGACUGUCUUCUCAGUGGAAGUGUUGAUAAAACAGCAAUAAUUUGGGAUGCCAAAACAGCAGAAUGCAAGCAGCAAUUCGAGUUUCACUCUGCACCAACUCUUGAUGUUGAUUGGCGCAACAAUGUGUCCUUUGCCACGUGUUCAACAGACAAGAUGAUCUAUGUUUGUAAACUUGGUGAUUCUCGACCUAUUAAAACGUUUUCUGGGCAUCAGGAUGAGGUCAAUGCCAUCAAGUGGGAUCCUACUGGGUCUCUUCUUGCUUCCUGCUCUGAUGAUUGCUCUGCAAAGCUUUGGAGUGUGAAGCAGGACAAAUGUCUGCAUGAUCUCACAGGGCACAGUAAGGAAAUUUAUACUAUCAAGUGGAGUCCCACUGGUCCUGGCACUAGCAAUCCUAAUCAACAGUUGGUCUUAGCAAGUGCAUCAUUUGAUUCAACAAUUAAACUAUGGGAUGUUGAGCAAGGAAACACGUUGUGUAGCUUGACUAGUCAUUCUGAACCUGUAUAUUCAGUUGCCUUUAGCCCAAAUGGAGAAUACCUGGCAAGUGGGUCUUUUGACAAAUGUUUGCAUAUCUGGUCUGUCAAGGAUGGAAGCCUUGUCAAAACAUAUAGAGGUAGUGGUGGAAUUUUUGAAGUAUGCUGGAAUAGGGAAGGAGAUAAAGUUGCAGCUUGUUUCUCGAAUAACACAGUCUGUGUGUUGGACUUCAGGAUGUAAAUUUAAGUAAAAGAAACAAUCCAUCUGAGCAAUGUAUGCCUGCCCAAGUUAGAAAAUCUAAUUUGUUUCGUUCAUUCAACACUUAUUUUUCUGAUAGAAAAUUUGAAUCUAAUUCAUCUAUGUAUAUGUUCUUUUUGAUUUAUUAUAAUUUAUUAUAACAAGUUUUUAUUCA